ACCGAAUCAUGUUUGAUUUUCAACCAUUUCAACCAACAGACAGAAAAGACCUUUGGAGUGGUGAUCUGGAAAUGGCGUGCAUCAGCUCAGUGUAGGCUCUUCAUCCCCUCGGAAUGGUCAAGCGGUGGAUCUUUCCCGUUGGCCUUGUGGCUGUCGUCCCAGCGUCCGUAUGGGCCGGACUCAAGCUCAAGGACUACACGCUUUCGCGUGACUUGGAUAAGAUAUCAUCAAAAGCAGAUAGUCUCAACCUCAAUGACACUGCACUCAGGGCCAGCGUGGUGAGACUUGCGAGAGAACGAAAGGCACUUUUGGAGGAAAUGGUCAUGGUCGAUGAGAAGAUCAGAGAUUAUCAACGGAUCGUAGAGCGCGAAGCAGCCAAAAUGCAGUUCAAAUAAUGGAGACAUUCUCAGCUGGGGGGGAGGGGCUUUUCUGGUGGCAAUGGACCUCUUUCCUUUCGAGACGAUGUACUAACAUCUGAUGCAUCCUCAUGGCAUGCUGGAG